ACUCCCGAACCCUAGCCUCGCCGGAAUGAGCAGCCCCUCCGCCGCCGCAUCGUCGCCGGCGCCCGCGCUGAACGGCGGAGUCAUCCUCGAAGAGGUCCUCGAGGAGAUCCUCCUCCGCCUCCCUCCGCAGCCCUCCUCCCUUCCGCGCGCAUCCCUCGUGUGCACGCGCUGGCGCCGCAUCCUCUCCAGCCCCGGCUUCCUCCGCCGCUUCCGCGAGCACCACGGCCGGAACAACCCACCGCCGCUACUCGGCUUCUUCGACGAGGAAUUCCGCAGAGACAAGCGGCCCAUCUUCAAGCCCACGACGAUGGGCCGGUGGGACCGCAUCCCACCCGCGCGCUUCUCGGCGCCAUGGAUUCGCGGCGAGGGCUGGGCGUUUCUCGGCUGCCGCCAUGGCCUGGCCCUCCUCAUCUGCCAGAAGCGCCGCGAGGCCGUCGUGUGGGACCCCCUCACCGGCCACCAGCGCCGCCUUGCGUUUCCACCAGGGUUCUGCAGGAAAAAGGGGAGGCUCGUCCAGAACGCGGCGGUGAUGUGCGCCGCCGCCGUCGAAGACGGGCAUGUGCACGGUGACUGCCGCUUCACCCCAUUUAGAUUGGCCUUGGCAGGCAGUGAUUCUGACGGCACACACAAGUUUGCUUGCCUCUAUGAGUCGGAGUCCGGUGUGUGGGGGGAUGUUGUCUCACUAGAGACCACACGUUCGACAUGUGUAUGUGUUGCAAAACCCAGCGUCCUGGUUACAAAUUCAUUUUGCUGGCUGGUUUCUGGAGGUGGCAUCCUCGAGUUUGAUUUUGAAAGCCAGAGCCUUGUGGUGAUCCAGAAGCCGGCAGAUGUUAAUGUUGCAGACUACCACUGGUCCUUUCUCGUUGUACGGACAGAGCACGGCGGUCUGGGCCUUGCUGUUUUUUCCGAGCCAGAUUAUCAGAGCGGUAUCAUCCAAUUAUGGGAGAGAAAAUCUGACCGUGAUGGUGUUGUUGGAUGGGAACUGCAGAAAACCAUUCAGCUAGAUGGGCUCUUUUCAUUUGGACUGACCGGGGGGCCAAAUGCGUUUAAGAUGCAGGGGUAUGAUGAGGACAGCAAUGCGAUUUUGCUAUCAACGUUUUACGGUGAAUACAUGCUCCAGCUUGAGUCCAUGCAGUUUAUAAAUCUUAUUGAACACCAGAGCGGUUGCAUUUUUACCAGGACCUAUUAUCCGUACAGAAAUUUCUAUGUUAUAGGCAGCGGAAUUGGUGGUCGAGAUGGUGGAGCUGAAAUAUCAAUGCAUUAGAUGAUUGUCCCAUUAGGCUUGCGUUUUGGAGAUUUCAGAAGCCAUGCAAGCUGACUUAUGGAGGCAUCUUAUUGUUUUUUUUUUUUGACUUGGUGGUGUGCCACAUGUUCGAAUUAGUGACAUCUCGGUGAUGGUUACUACAAACCUGGCAAUUUCAUUGUAUCUAAGCUGCAUUAGUACUGUUCUGUUAUUGUAUGUUCCAUUGUUUACUUCGUAGUGUUGAGAACGUAGACUGAAAUAUGCUUAGAUGCCCACGGGUUAGUUAUUUAACUAGUAGGAACUCGACGACUACCUGUCAGAUGGCUUCAAUUGUUAUGUCAUGUCCUAGCAAGUGUGUACUGUUUCAGUUGAGUAAUGAGUGGAACUGCCUAUCUCUUUCA